GCUUAAAGCAUCCAAAAUAUCUAUGAAAGCAUUUGAUUUUUACACUAAAAAKUUUAUAUAUUUCCCAUCGACCAUUGCGGUCCACUUCCGGUUUCUUCCAAUUCAAGAUGGCGGUUCUUUUUACUAAAUCACGGAGCUUCAGUUUGUCUUCUUUGUUUCUCKUUUUAAUUGUUUUAAAUGUUUGUAUCUGCGAAAAGGUUAAAGACGUUCCAAAGGAUAAGGAUGGUAAAGCAAAACAGAAGAUAGGAAAGAAUAUAUUAGACUAUACCGAAGCUGAUAUGAGCAGACUUCUUGACCAAUGGGAGGAAAAUGAUGAUGAUGAUGAUGAUGAUGAUAAAUAUGAUGAUGAUGAUCCCAGAAAGCCAAAGCCAAAAAUGCCAGCAUUUGAUCCAUCCAAGAUUAAGGAUGAUCCAAUGGCAUUUCUAAAGCUUUCCAAGAAAGGCAAAGUUCUUAUGUUAUUUGUUGCUAUUGCCGACAAUCCAACCAAGACAGCCACUGAUAAGAUAUCUGCAAGGUGGCAAACUAGCCUGCACAAUGCGCAUUUGCAAGUAGAAAGAUACAUUGUAGCAGAUGACAGAGUGUUAUUCAUGUUGAAAGAUGGCAGUAUAGCAUGGGAGGUCAAGGAUUUUAUAAUCACUCAGCCGGAAUGUAAAAUGGUUGAAUUUGACAAUCAAAAGUUUCCUGGAUUCCGUUUCAAAGAUACCGAGGCAAAAACUGAAUUAUAACAGCUGCUUUAGUAGAUGUACUUCAUCUUAAUUAACUACUCAAAGAAAGGAAUUGAGCACUAGUAUUAGAUCACAAGUCUUGAUAAAAACCAACCUGUGAAGGAACUAGCUGUGUGAAAACUAGUGCAGUAUCAAGUGUUUAGUAUUGCCAAAAUGCACAAUCCACAACAAUGUCAAUGAAGCCACUUCAUGUUCAUGACAAUAAUAUUAUUUAACUUUCUGCACUAUUCACCCAAUAUGUGAUCAUUACAAAACAAUAAAUGCGCAUUCAAACACUAGUUGGCAAUUAAAUGCAAUGAUGUGAUUUCCUCAAAUAAAUUAGGUAUCAGAGUAUAAGAAAUACAUAAUUUUUCUGAAGGCUUAGCUAAAUUGCAAAGAUGUGCGGCAUCCAGUUUGUUUUAAAGCAGRCAUGGUCUGAAAAAUCUCGAGUUUAAGAUCAUGGUUGAGAAUGAAACAACUUGUUCAUGGGAUGAAAGCUUUUGCAUACCUGGUACUUAUUAUAUAAAUCUGCCCAGUAGAGUGAUCCCACUUAAGCAGUGCAAACGUAUAAAAUCUAAGUAGUACUAAUUUGUACUAAAAGUGGAUGUUAAGCAAGGCAGUAUUGAAUGCUUCAUUUGUAUCAAUUCAAUUUAAUUUGCGUACUGCAUGCACGAUUUACUAAAUACAACUAAAUAGCACUAUUAGUUUGUACAGUUGCACGGAUUAAGUGCGAUCACUCUAAUGGCAGAUUUUUUACAACUUUUUUUAAAUCAGAAUUUCUUGUAUACUGCAAAACCAUUCAUAGAAUUAAUAAAAGUUUGAUCACAAAA